AUGGCUCCUACUGAUAUCUUCCAAUGUACACCAAUAUCUUAUACUUGGACUGGUUGGAGCGGUGCAACGGAGGGCCACUGUCUCAAUAUCUACAUUCAAGCCUGGAUUUCGGGUAUCUUGAAUAUCUUACUCGAUAUCUUCGUCAUCUUAUUGCCCAUUCCUCACCUCCUCAAGCUGACCAUGUCCCGCAAGAAAAAGGCCCAAGUCGUUGCCAUGUUUAGCGUUGGGUUGUGUGUGACCUUGACCAGUGUGGCACGCCUAACGAGUCUUGUAAGGUUCCGCAAGACUUGGAAUUUCACACGGGACUAUACUGGCAUCAGCUAUAUGUCGACGCUUGAAGUCGACAUUGGCAUUAUCUGCGCCUGUAUGCCCGCAAUACAGCUCCUUUUAAGACGAGUUGCGCCUGGUAUCUUGGGCAGCAGUAUUACGGAAAGCUCGCAACUUUAUCCGCAUACGGGUUCACACGCCAGGACAAAGUCAACCCGCCAUCCGAGCAGUCACAUCACGCAGUCCAAAAGCAUCACCAUGACUAUCACCACCACUGUUGCUGAUAUGCCAAAAGACAGUGAUUCGGUCAUUGAGUUGGUCGACACGGAGAGACAAGUCCAUAAUAGUAAUGGAGAUUGUGGCUCUUCUGCAACGGUGUCGACCGAACACUAUCCACAUAGACUAGAAUGGUAG